UUGUUAUACAAAAUUCAUGUUUAUAUAUGGGGAGGAGAGAGAGAGAGAGAGAGAGGACUUGGGAAUCUAGACACACACACACACACCGUCGUUGUCAACCGUCUUGAUUGGUCGGUAUUUCGGACUGAUCACCUAAGUUCCGGUAUUUUUCGAGUUCUGGUCUCCGACAUGUCGUUUACUUCGCCAUGUUACCAAAUCUUUCGGUGUAUAGACUCUGAACAACGCAAAAGCACCAGUCGUGCUAGUUUCAAAUGUCCCGCGUGUGCCAAAACCUACACAGAUUUGGAAGUGGAUCGCCUGUUGGAUCCGGAAAAUCCUGGACGACUGAUAUGUGGUUACUGUCAAACGGAAGUUGUCGAAGAGAAAGACAAUGUCUCUCGAACCGAUGCCCGAGCUCUGAUAGCCAAAUUCCAUCACCAGGUAAAAUGUACAGCUUUUCCCGUUUACCUUAACAUGACUAAUUUUUCCACCAAUCUGCAGUUUUUCAUUGGAACUGGGUUCACAUUCCUACCGGGAAUACCUAUUUCAACCGUUGGUUGUAAUUCGUACAAGUUUUCUCUUUUCCAUAACCAUACGCAUUCCUUCACUGUGAUUACCAGUUUUUCCGGCUGUUGA